UGCACAACACAUAUUGUCACUAUCCACAAUACAAUAUUGUUGCAUUUUUGUAUUGCAAUAUAUUGUGACACAAUAUAUUGUUACACCCCUACUAUCUAUCUAUCUAGUGUGUAGUUAUUACAACAAAACUUAAGAUAAAAUGGAUAAGAGGAUAAGAAAGACAGAAAGUGAGAGUGGACAGAAGAGAGAGAGAGAGAGAGAGAGAGAGAGAGAGAGCAUAAAGAAAGCUCUCAGCGUCUCACGUUCAGAUGCUCGCGCGUCUUUGACAGUCGUCACAUCACUGUUUAUACUCUGACUGGAGUAAGUCUCAGCCGGCUAAUGAAAAUCCAGAGGAUGUGAUAAGGCUCUUCAGACUUUAACAAGUGGCGGGUUGAGGGUUCGAGUCGCGGGCAGCAUGAGCGCGGAUUGCGCGGGAUAUUACAACGCGGAGAACGUGUUUGUCAGCAGCUUCACGUGCCCCAAGCCGGACAGCGACGCGCGCGCGAUAUUCUGCUGCGGGUUCAAUGACGUCAAAUACUGCUGCGACGAUCCCAACAGCUUUUUUCCCUAUGAAUAUGGAUACAUGUGGUGGCUCAGUUUGGGAGCUCUGGUUGGUUUGUCUAUAGCUGCUGUGGUGCUGCUAGCUUUCAUCAUCACUCUCUGUGUGCUCUGCUACCUGUUCAUCGCCACUAAACCCCGAGGGUUGGACAACGGACUGCCUCUACGAGCACCAGGAUCUGGGCCCAGUCCACAGGAGGGUCCGAGCCAAGCCAGCGCGCCAUCGGGACCGCAAGGUUUCCGCAAGCAUUUCCUAAGAGGCAAACUAGACUGUGACAAUCAGCCACCUGAUCCGGACCGGCUGUUCCAGCGCUGCUUCAUGGCUACCGUCACCACCAUCAAUGUAGAGGGACCUUCUUAAAGCCCUGCAGCUGCAAAUAUGAUGUGAGCAACAUUACCCAGGAGUCUUUUCAAUGGGUUUACCCAAUCAUCAUGUGACUGAUUUUUGAACAGUUUUGGUUUGAAGUUUUGGAUGCUAUAGCACAAACUCAAUGAAAUCAAUGACAAAUUGCUUUAAACUUCUUAGGAAAAAAAUCAUUUCAAUUAUCCUCAAACCGUAUGUUUUUCAUCUGCAUCUUUUUUUGAGACGAAACUAAUUAAACCAUUUACUUUCAUCAAGACAUCAGUCUGUAGAUCAGUAACUACAGCUUCAAAGAAAUAAUAAUGCUUUUGGCUUUGUUUGUGAAGCAGUUGUUUUGGAGUCUCCGCAGCUAAACCAAAGACGGAAUUGAACUCAAAGAGUUCCCGAAUCCUGAGAAUUACAACAGGAACAGAACGUUCCCUCUUGGCCUCCGUCCUAAUGGUGUCUUUAAAACAGCUUUGAGUGCAGUUUGAACAAUCUAGGGUUCAUAUCCUGCAAGGGUCAGUAAUUUGCUCUUCUGCUUUCUUUUGCCUGGAACACACUAUGAAUUUGCUUCUUUUUUUUUUUUCUUACUUGUUCAAAGGCACUUUUUUCUUACUUGUUCAGUAAGUCCCAUUACUUGUUUCAAAACCAGUAAGUACAAAUUGUACUUAAUCUCAUUAAAUAUCAUAUACAGUGUUAUCUAACCUAAAGUUAACAUGGACUGAAAUUAGCUAGUAUUAAACACUCCCUAAAAUGGUGGUUUUGGCCUGUCACAACUUUAUUGUCUUCACCUUUUCAGCUGUAUAAAACAAUUAAGUCUAUGCAACAGGGGCCUCGUUUUCAUACACAGGUAAUCUGUUGAACUCAUUUUGAAAUGCACAAUCUUAAUUAUUAAUUCAUUUUAAUUACUGGUAGCCAUGCAUUUAACGGUGUCACACAUUAUGUAUGUACAUCCCUGUUGAUGCUGAUUCUAGCUUGGAUAGCCUACAAGUUCUCCCUGGCAAGCUCGAGUGCAAAAAAAAAAAAGACCAUUUCUGUCCGAGCGAUAUUUUGGAAAAAAUAUUAGACCAUUCACAGCAUUUGAUAGCAAUCAUAAACGUUAGCCUGGUGUGUAUGGCUAAAGAUUAACAUGACGGCACAUGCUAGUCGAUGAGUUGAAUCAACUCCAUAGCAACUACAUAAAUUUAUCCACUAACCAUUCAGAAACGUCCAGAUGCAUUUUAAAAGUUGUAACUUCUUCCUGAGUCUCUCCAUCAGUGUCGACUCCGGUUUGAACAAUGUAAGGCUGAACACCGUUACUGACAAUCCUCAUUUUGGCUGCGUGAGAUUCUCCAGCUUUGUUGUUGUUGAGCAACCGAAGCGUGAGCUGUUAAAGCUCCACCCUCUUCUGGAAAGGGGGCCAGGAGCAGCAGCUCAUUUGCAUUUAAAGGGACACACACAAAAACGGUGUGUUUUUGCUCACACCCAAUUAGGGGCAAAUUUGACAAGCUAUAAUAAAUGAUCUGUGGGGUAUUUUGAGCUGAAACUUCACAGACACAUUCUGGGGACACCAGAGACUUAUUUUACAUCUUGUGAAAAGGCGCAUAAUAGGUCCCCUUUAAAAUUGUGGCAUCCAGGAAGUGACAUCAUUGAGACAAUUUUUUUUACAGCAUGACUAAAAGAUAAGUAAAUCAAUUAAUUCCAUUUUCCCAAUUUUAAAACAAAUUGUAGUGUUGAGCUGAAAUAUUCAAUCAUGUUACCAAAGUUAUAUAAAAAAAAAAAAAGAUUAAACAACACUUUUUUUUUUCCUAAGAUUUUUUUUAUUUAUCAAUUUAUCAAAUCAAAACAGAAUUAAGUGGUCCAAAAGCUAGUCCCUACUAAGUGAUGUUUACAUUUUUAUUUUUAUUCCUUUAUUUUAUACGUUUUAUACUAUAUUUAUUUAGUUAGUUUAUUAUUGUAAUUUAUUUUUUUAUGUUUUCAUUAUUAAUUUAUUUUGUUUAUUCUCUCUCUCUCUCUCUCUCUAUAAAAUUUUGGUCACACUUUAGUUUAGGGUCCAAUUCUCAUCUAUUAACUACAACAUUUGCCUUCAACUCCUAAUUACUGCUUAUUAAUAGUUAAGUAAGGUUGUUAGGUUUACGUAUUGGGUAGGAUUAAGGGAUGUAGAAUAUGAUCAUGCAGAAUAAGGCAUUAAUAUGUGCUUUAUAAGUACUAAUAAACAGCCAGUAUCCUAGUAAUAUGCAUGAUAAGCAACUAGUUAAUAGUGAGAAUUAAACCCUAAACUAAAGUUUUACCAACAUUUUUUUAUUUAUUUUAAAAACAAACUGACACAUCAGGGUUUUAAACUAUUUUCAUAACAGGGUUGCAAAAAUUGCAAACAUUUAAAAUAAGGUG